AUGUCGACACAUACCGGUUCACCAGCUCGUCAAACAGGUCACGCUGGCUUGUAUAAAAUGCCUUCGCCAACGGUACGUAGCGAUGAAACCUGGAAAGAUCGUUAUCGUCUCCAUUGUAAACAGCAAUUUAAACGAGCACGUGACAAAAUUGUUAAUAAAAUGCGUCAACUUUCAUUUGAUGAUAAUCAACCGACAUUAUCAGCUCAAGAUAUUGUUGAAUCAGAAUGGAUUAAAAUGUUUGGUUCAUUGCCAAGAGCAACAUCGAUGGACAUGGACCGAAAUAAUCUAUCAAUGUCAGCUGAAGACGCUGAAUUCGAAGCUAAUUGGGCAAUUAUGAAUGAAAUUCGUCGUGAACUUGAGUUAGAACAAUUACAAUCCAUACCCGACGAACAACCUGAAUAUGUACCAUCGAUUGAUGAAUUCAAUCAAACACAAUGUCCAAUUUGUACAAAUGAUUCUCUUUUUCAAUUCUCAGCUAAUUAUCCUAUAACAUGUCGGCAAUGCUCAUUUCAAUAUCAACUUAAAGCUGGUUCAUUAGAUGAAAUUCAUGCUUAUCAUCGACAAACAAUGUCGCAUUGUCAUGAAACAAAACUUUAUACAACAUUAUGGCAUAGUGAAGAUGGAUCAGUCCCAGCAUUACUUCUCGUUUGUACAAAAUGUGACUUUAGUUUUUGUCUUUAA